CCGGGUUAUAUGAGAAGCUUUGGUAAUUCAUAGUAUAAAAAAAAGAGUAAAAUGGAUGAAAAUUUGCUGAAAAACUCAAGGAACUAAUAAAAACGUAUGAACUCGACCGGAACCCAACUACUAUCACGCAAUGGGACGGUACGAAUAUCUGAAUGAGGAACUCAAGCUGCGUUCACAUGGAUACCUAUCUGUACUUCUAUAUAAUUUAUCAUCAUCCUACAUAUUUGAGUACCCGGUUGCGAAAACAGAGAUUCUAAUUUCUAGUUGAUAUCAAGUAGUGAAAGGAGACGCACAUUCAUCUAAUGCAGCUUUUAUCAUCCGAAUUGGAUUUGGUUCUCUUGCAAAGAUUGCGCAGCUCAUACGACACACCUGCGUCCCGGUAGGACCCGGGAUCGAUAGGCGGGGUUACCCGGGAUUGGCGGGACGGGACGUGGGCGGGACGAGCGGGACGCAGGUGGCGGAGGCUGACUGAGAAUCAAGAUGAAGAGCUGGUUAGAGUCGGCAGGCAGCAUGGAGGAUGCCUCCCUACCCUGCAUGCUGGGGGAAGCUCGGGAGGCUCUGCUGCCUAUCACUGGGAGGGAGAAUCUGGCGCCCAGGAAGAGGGAAAGAAAUCUAGAGUCAUGUGCCCUAUCCGAAGAGGCUUACCUAUCCAGCGGGGGCGGCUCACCGUGCGCUGGUCUUUCUAGAGAAGAACGGAGAAGAAGACGCAGAGCCACCCUCAAAUACAGAACAGCUCAUGCAACCAGAGAAAGAAUAAGAGUAGAGGCAUUUAACGCGGCUUUCGCUUCCCUCCGGAGACUGCUACCAACCUUACCACCAGACAAGAAGCUGUCCAAGAUUGAGAUUUUACGGUUGGCUAUAUGUUACAUAGCGUAUUUGAAUCAUGUUUUAGAUGCGUAGUUGAUAGCUCAGUGAAAUUCUCUCAUAUCUAAUGUUGGAAGUUGUGAAGUUAAG